CACACACACACACACACACAUGCUCAGAAACCCCUCCUUCCCGCUUCAGCCAGUUUGCUUUCCUCUGCUACAAUCAAGCUCUCUCCAUCUUAAGUCCAAUCUGCUGGAACUACUUUUACAUUUAAAACAGGAGUACCAUAUCUUGCCGAUUGAUGAUUCAGAUGCUGAGCCAGCAAAAGUCCGCCAGAAAAGGCACAUGGGGUUUGAAGUCUCUCUGAGUUCUCGUUGGGAUACCGAAAGAAUCAAAGGGUAAAACAAGGAGGAAUUAAAAGGAGGUGUAUGUUGCCUCUUGCUGUAGUUGCCCCUUCACCACCAUGAGCUGGAGUUUUCUGACUCGCCUUCUGGAAGAAAUCCACAACCAUUCUACAUUUGUGGGCAAGAUCUGGCUCACUGUCCUCAUUGUUUUCCGCAUUGUACUCACAGCCGUAGGAGGAGAGUCAAUCUACUAUGAUGAACAGAGCAAGUUUGUCUGCAACUCAGCCCAGCCAGGCUGCGAGAACGUUUGCUACGACGCCUUCGCCCCACUCUCACAUGUCCGCUUCUGGGUCUUCCAAAUUAUCCUGGUGGCCACGCCUUCACUCAUGUACCUGGGCUACGCUGUCAACAAAAUUGCUCGAGUAGAAGACAAGGCAGAAAGUGGAGGAGUGAUUGGAUUGUCCCAAAAGAAACCCAAGAAGCACUAUCUUGCGGGCAGAAAGCAGCACAGGGGUAUUGAAGAGGCUGAGGAUGACCACGAGGAAGACCCAAUGAUCUAUGAAAUGGCAGAGGUGGAGAGUGAUGGUGGUGAAGCAGAAAAGGGAGGCAGCUGUGAUAAAAAAGUAAAAGCCAAAGUGCGGCAUGAUGGGCGUCAUCGUAUCAAAGAGGAUGGAUUGAUGCGCGUUUAUGUCGUCCAACUCCUGGUGCGCUCCUUGCUGGAGGUUGCUUUCCUCUGUGGUCAGUACGCCCUGUAUGGAUUUUCUGUGCCUGCUAGCUACACAUGCUCAGACCUGCCUUGUCCUCAUAGCGUGGACUGCUUUGUGUCACGGCCAACUGAGAAGACAAUCUUUCUCCUCAUCAUGUACACAGUCUCCCUACUCUGUCUGGCACUCAAUAUAUGGGAGAUGCUUCAUCUGGGCAUAGGUACCAUGUAUGAGAUAAUAUACUCCCGCAAGGCACAGUUCCCCAAUGAGGAGCUGUAUGGGCUGGCAAGGGGACAAGGAGCUCUUACUGAGGCAAGAUUGAGUGAGGAAGACUACAGCUCUUACCCUUUUUCUUGGAAUGCACCAACUGCUCCACCAGGGUAUAACAUCGCCGUUAAACCCCUUCUGGUAGCUACAGGGAACCACAAACAACCACUACCCAUCACUGAUCUCACUAAUGCCAAGCUGGCAUGUCGGCAGAACCACGUGAACAUUGCCCAAGAGGAACGUCAACAGUACACCAUUAAUGAUGAAAACCAGUGCGGAGCUGGGAAAGGAGAUGCGCCCAGAGCAGUUCAUAAAGACAGCAGUAGGCCUCAGAAAAUCCUGAAGGCUGAUAAUCAGACGUACAUCCAGCUGCAGAGCCACACUAACAACCGCAGCAAACCUCACCGUGAACGUAAACACCGGCAAACCAACAGACACGCCUCCGGCAGGGCAGACACAGACAGGGGCAGCAGCGGCACCAGCAGUAGCAGCAAAUAUGGAGUGGUAAAGGGUUCGGAGUGGAUUUGAAACACAGACUACGUAAAACAGUGUAACCAUUUAACUUUGCUGCAGCUUUGUAUAGCAGUAAAUUACAGUGGAAUAAAAGUGUCAGAAAAAAUAUUUUGAAUAGCUUUUGCUGUAAGAUUUUGGUGCCAUUUUUUAAUUUCCCUUUAAUAAGCAGAAGCUUCAAUGCUGCAAUUGAAAGUGCCUUACUUCAUUCAAACUCAGCAUCUCUUUAUGUUUAAAAAUUCACCUUUUUUUAAACCAGGGUUAGAGUUCAAUAAUUUUGUUCAUGAAUAUCCAGAAUUGUUGUUCUUUUUGUUUUAUUUUUUUUUAACUAACCCAACUUUCAUGUGGAUUGUUUCCCCACGAACAUCAAAAAGUCUGUUUUCACACAUGUACUGCAGCCCUGAACUUUACAAAUCAUCCCCUGACUGAGGUGCAUGUGAGAUCGCAAAUUUCCAGUGCGCUCGGAUCAGAUAUACUGUCUUUAACCUGCCACUUCUCUACCACAAAAUGUAUGAUGUUUAAUCGUGCUAGUGUGAGAAUAUUGCAGCUAAUAUUCUGGUGAAUUCACAGCUUAUGAGUGGUCAUCCUGUUUCCUACCUCCUGCACGCUGUAGUCAGGCAAUGUCCUCACCUAGACCACAGGGAAUAUUUCUGGUUGGGAGAAUGCAGCUGACGUGAAUGUCCUGCCGUGUGCUGCAUUUGAGAUAAAUGUCCCGGCCUGACUCUGCUCAUGUUUUCUGGAAGUCCUGUUUGAAAACAGCUUGCAAAAAACAGGGAUAUUAUGUUUCAGCUGGUAAUUUCAUCAUAUUUUCUUUUGGCAAUUUUACAGUUAUUUUUGAGAAGUAUAAAAGUUGUCAUUAAUGUUUUGACAUGCAAGUAAAAGAAACACAACUUUUCAUAUAUUAAUACAGGUGUUUCAGUGUUAUAAGAUUUUUGUUUAUACUGAGUUUUUUCAGCCAUCCAAGAAGAAAGAGUGUAUCAGGCAUUUUUAUUUUUUAUUUUUUGCAGUCUUUUACUUGGAUUUCCAUAUUUUCAGUCUGAAAGGCCAAUUUUUAGGUGGUUCCUCUGUUUAGUUUUGUUAGAAAUAUUUUUAGGAACAAAAAGUGCAUGUUUUGAAUAAAGAGUUUGCAUUUG